UUUUUUUUUUUUAUCUAGAUUUAUAUUUGAUAUGACUGUUGGCAAAGACAAGACUAUUCCCAUUACUGUCUUCACAGGGUUUCUUGGCAGUGGGAAAACAACUACCAUUCUAUCUUUACUCAAACGUCUUCCUGAAGGUUAUAAAACUUGUUUAUUGAAGAAUGAAUUUGGUGAUAUUGCUGUCGAUAGUCAAUUGGCCAAGGAAACGAAUAUUGGUGUACAGGAAAUGAUGAAUGGUUGUUUAUGCUGUGUGCUUGUUGGACAAAUGAAACUGGCUUUACAGGAACUUAAAGACAAAUAUAACCCAGAUCGUAUCAUAGUGGAAACAAGUGGUUCUGCAUUUCCAGGUCCUGUUGCUUGGCAAAUUCGUGAAAUGGAACCUGAAGGUUUUGUAUUAGAUUCAAUUAUUACUGUAGUGGACUGUGUCAAUUUCACUGGAUAUGAAGAUACUAGUUAUACAGCAAAGCUUCAAGCACAAUACAGUGAUGUUAUUUUACUCAACAAACAUGAAUUGGUAUCAGAACGGGAAUUGGAUAUAGUACUUGAUCAUGUCAAUGAAUUGAAUACAGAUACUCCCAAGGUCAAAUGCGAUAGCAAGCAGGGAAUAUCACCAGAUCUUGUGUUUGGAUUGGAUACAGAAUUAUUCAAGGUAGCUUACGACAAAUCAGGCAACAUGGAAGAAAUGAUAUUUGAUCCUCAUCAUCAAGAAAAUGAAGUCGACCUUAUUCAAGUCAUUCAAUCAUCAUCAACGACAAUACAAAGACAUACUCGCAAUGAGUUGGAAACAUGGUUAACAACGCUUCCAAAAGACGAUAUUUAUCGGGUGAAGGGUUUUGUACGGUUGGAUCAAGGCACAUUGUAUAUAUUGAACCAUGCCUUUGGACGAUUUACUUUGACACCAGUGGAUCAUACUGAAACAUUACAUCAAAGCAAGGAUAUUGAAAUCAAAAUUACGGUGAUGGGUCAAGAUCUGCGGAUGUACAAGGAAAAAAUACAACAAGGUUUACUCAAAGGGACAGAUGGAAGCAUAUCGUUAAUUGAAGCUCAUAGACAUCAUUAGUUAGACUUUAUAUAGAAAAUUAGAGUUUUAUUUUUAUGAAAUAAAAAAGAUGAUAUAUUUUUUUUUA